UGUAAACAAACGCGAAUUGGAGUUAAAAUAUACGGUUGCGGAUUUAUUCGACAUGAAUACUUUAAAUUUCGAUUUAUUACCUGGACAAAGGCCACAUAAAAACAUAUUGAGCAUUUUUGAAGAGGAAAAAAGGACUUCACAUGGAUAUGUACGGGUCAGUGCACCAAUGGUGCGCUAUAGCAAGUUGGAGUUUAGGCGGUUACUCCGUCAGCAUGGAGUAAAAUUGGCGUUCACGCCUAUGGUCAUUGCAGAUUCAUUUAUUCAUAGUCAAAAAGCCCGUGACAAUGAAUUUACUACCUGUUUAGAGGAUGUUCCAGUCAUAUCACAAUUUGCAGCCCGUGAUGCAUACGAGUUUUCCGUAGCGUCCCAAUUAAUAUAUCCAUAUGUUGAUGGUGUAGAUCUUAAUUGUGGCUGCCCACAGUCAUGGGCUAUAUCAAAAGGUUAUGGUUGUGGACUCCUGCGGCACCCGGAACUUGUUUGUGAUAUUGUAAAAACAACUAGACGUGUGUUACCACAAAACUUUAGCAUAUCAGUGAAACUUCGUCUACUUAAUGGCGCUGCUGACGAAUCAAUUAAGUCUACAGUGGAACUGGCGCGACAGCUGGAAAAAUGUGGUGCUACUUUUUUAACACUACAUGGUCGAACAAUGUGGCAGAAAACAUCGGAUCCUCUUAAUAUAACCGCUAUGGCUGAGAUAAAAAAAUCCAUUCAGGUUCCACUAGUAGUAAAUGGCAAUGUACGUAGCUGGGAAGAUGCGAGGGAUUUGCAUGCCAAAACACAGGCUGACGGGGUUAUGGCGGCAAGAGGAUUGCUUUCAAAUCCAGCGCUUUUCGAUGAAAAACUUCAAGAAAGGGAUACCCCGGAGGAAUGUGUGCAACAAUGGUUGGAUAUUGCGAUUCGCGCAGGUGAAAAUAUACACUUCCAAUGUUUCCAUCAUCAUCUUACAUUUAUGUGGAGCACCCAUAUGAAACGUAAAUUACGUUUGGAGUUCAAUAAUUUCACUAGUAAGCAACAAGUAUUUGACUUUUUUGAGGAACGGUACGGUUUGAGGCCACUUGCGGAAUCGUACAGUAGUCCUUUCCAGUAUACCGACUGCGUUUAUCCAAAAGUUGGAGAUGUAUCAAAUGUCGUUGCAGUUUCUGAGAAUAAUACUUGGAAUGAAAACUCUAAUGGGAAAUUUUUUAAUGAAUUCAAAGAAAACGAAAUAUCGAAAGAACAAGAUGAUUUUGAAUUGGAGGGCAGCUUUUUCACAGAGUUAGACUGAUAGCCACUUGGCAAAUAAGUAAACAGACAAAAGUAAAGUAAAUAAUAAAAUAAAAAUUUUAAGAGAGAAACAAAUAAAUAUUUUAAAAUAAAUUCGGAUU